AUGGUCGGAGAUACGAGCGCUCCACUACUACGCAUCGUUCCGAUAGAAGGCAAACCUGGCGACACGAUGUGUAAAGUAUUCAAUCCCGUACACUACGUACCUUUACAACAGCGUCAAUUUCAAGAAGUGGAACUCACGCUGAGAGACGACACGGGCGCACCCGUACAGUUCGAGACCGGCAAAACGAGUGUCGAAGACGGCUACUGGCAACAGAUCGGUACGGUGACGUACACGUUUAAGAUAUCUGGAUCCGGAGAAGAUUACCUAGACUUGAGGAACACAAACCUAUUCGUGAAAGUAAAGUUGGUAAAGAAAGACGACGGUGCCGCCCUAGCGGCUUAUUCGAACGUAGCUCCGACGAAUAUAUUCUUACAUUCGCUGUUCAAUAACGUGAGCGUCAGUCUAAACGAAAGGCUCGUGUCUCCGCCCGACAAUGCCUAUCCGUACAGAGCGUACAUCGAAACCCUGUUAAGUUACGGGCCCGCAGCUAAAGACUCUCAACUGACAGGCUCCAUGUGGUACAAAGACACCGCAGGUCAAAUGGACACUCAGGGCGACGAAAACUUCGCGAGGAAAGCGAUGACGGCAAGAAGUCGCACCGUCGAUUUGAUGGGGAAAAUCCAUGCGGACGUGUUUGCACAGGAACGCUACUUAGUCAACAACGUCGACGUGGAAAUAAACAUGUCACGAAGUAAGGACGUGUUCUGUCUCAGUGCAGAGGGCGACACGUUUAAAGCAGUAGUGCAAGAUAUCUGUCUGUACGCAAGGAAAGUGCGUUUGAAUCCGUCCGUUCGCCUUGCUCACGCGAGAGCCAUGGAAAAAACUCCCGCCAAGUAUCCGAUACGGAGAAUAGAAAUGAAAGUGACGUCCGUGCCUCGAGGUAACAUGGACUUUACCAAGGACAACCUGUUCAUAGGACAGAUGCCCAAGAGGAUCGUCCUGGGCAUGGUCGACACGGACGCUUUUAACGGUACCGCCACCAAAAAUCCUUUCAAUUUCAAACACCACAAGGUCGAUUACGUGUGUCUUAAUGUGGACGGGAAACAAAUUCCAGCCAAGCCAUUACAACCGGACUUCACGAACGGUCAGUACGUGCGCAGCUACAUGAAUCUCUAUACGAGCACGGGUAAAAUUUACCACGACGAGGGAAACAACGUGUCUCGAGAGGAAUUCGGGAAAGGAUACACCCUGUUCGGAUUCGACCUCACGCCCGAUCUGUCGGAGAUGGGCACAUUUCAUCUCAUAAAAAGCGGAAACAUGAGUCUACACCUUCAUUUCAACGAGAUUUUAACAGCGACGAUCAACGUCAUAGUGUAUGCAGAGUUUGACAACAUCAUAGAAAUCGACCGUAACAGACAGAUUUUAUUCGAUUACAGCGCAUGA